AUGGUCAAUACCAGGGAUCCAUCAGUGUCGAGAAUGACGAUCGCUAUAGUCUCAAUUUUGGCACCAAAGAUCCCGACCACUCAGAGUCAUGCGUUAGCAACGAAUCAUCGUUAUGUGCGUUAUCUGAUCGAUGUGAUUCGUGAGAAUAUUCCUGCAUCGGAUGCGCCGAAUGAUAAUUUCAAUGAUUUUACGAUCAAAUUCACUCUAUCCGCAUUAUGGAACUUAACAGAUGAUAGAAGCGUGAAGGUUCAUUCUUUUUACAUUGCAGAUGAAUCUCCAGAAACUUGUCAACUGUUCGUUGAUCUAGGCGGUUUGGAUGCCGCACUAGAAACGUUGGAUCGUUUCACGUCGAGCGCAAAUAUUCAGACAAAAGUUCUUGGAUUAUUGGUUAGUAGUUAACGACUGCUGGACAGUGAUCUGAAAACAGAUGGCAUUCGACAUCAGGAGGCGAAUCGCCGCAUUGAUGUGUCGUAUUUUGCUGCAGGUAUUUUAGCGAAUUUACUCCUCUCAAGACCGUGGAAUUUUGAGCCUUCAUCAACCACCUGUAAUGAAGCACUUAUAGCUGCGGUUAGGCGAUGGCCAAAUCCAAUUUUGACAAUGGUGGCGUAUCGGUCAUUCUCGCCAUUUUUCGCCCUGUUGGAACGAGACGAUCUAGCCGGUGCUCAGAUGUGGGCCGCAUGGGCCAUCCAACAUGUGUGCAGUAAUGAUCGAAAUAAUGGCUACAUUCAAAUGUUGAUUGCACAAGGCGGACGGGAUGUGGUGAAACGACUGUGUGGCUCAAAAGAGGCGCAUCCGGAUGUAAUUCAGUUAGCGAACUCAAUUCUGGAGAUGAUCGAAAAUGGUGGUAGUAGUGUUAUUUCGGGGGAUGGUUCGUGUACGGCAUCAGCAAAUGAUUUCAACCCAACGUCGACAUUGGUUGCCUAG